AUGUUGGGUAGAAUUCAAACUAUUGGCUCUCAAUUACUUUCUAAGGGUGAAGUAUUAAGCACAAAAUUCAUUGGCAAGACCAAUGCUUUGAUGCAAAAGUCCAUGUAUUAUGGUAAGGUGGGAGCUGAAUUGUCGAAGACUGUAUAUAAACAAGAAGGUUUCCAACCGCCAAAGAUUGGCGAAUUCAAGAAGGUUUAUUGUAACAUAUUUGAAAUGGGGAAACAUUAUAUGAACAAGCCACAAGCAUUCAUCGGUUUAGUGAAAGGGGCAGGUAAGAACGACUUAAUUAAAUUUGGUGCAUAUGGUGUACAACUUUUAGGAUUUUAUUCUGUGGGUGAAGUAAUAGGAAGAAGGAAAAUAGUUGGUUAUCGCACCACCUAA